AUGGAUGCACUUCCUCAACCAAACCCUCAACCCAACCCCAGGCUAAUGAAAGACUUUGGUAGGCCCCAAGUAGGAGGUUCACCUUCUUGUAUAGUGCUUACUGAUGCAGCUAGGAACUAUGAGCUAAAAACGGUCCAUUACAACCAGCUGCCGUCUUUUCACGGUUCAGCAAGCGAAGAUGCCCUUACCUUUAUCAGAGAUUUCUACGGGAUAGUCCAACACUUCCCGUUGAAUGACUUGACUGAGGAUGCACUGAGGAUGAGGUGUUUUCCAUACACCUUGAAAGAUGCUGCAAAGACAUGGUUCAUGUCUCUCACACCAGGAUCUCUUCGGACAUGGCCGGAGGUGUAUAACAAGUUUAUCAGUAAGUUCUAUUCUCAUGCAAAAACUGCUGAGCUAAGAAGAAAAAUUGCGACAUUUUCGCAAGCUGAUGGUGAACCGUUCCAUGAGGCAUGGGAGAGGUUCAAAAUGCUACUCAUUCAAUGCCCUCAUCAUGGCUACCCAUUGGAGCUUCAAAAUCAAACAUUCUAUGAUGGUUUGACUCAAACCAGCCAAUCAAUGGUUGACAAUGCGGCUGGAGGUGCCAUGGGAGAAAAAACGGCGGAGGAAACUUUAACAUUGUAUGAAAUGCUAGGGGCAAACUCCCAACAAAAGAGUAUAAGGGGACAAACACAAGGUAUGUAUGAAGUUAACUCAAAUACGGGGUUGGAAAUUCAGGUGUCUGAGCUAGCAAAACAAGUGAAGAGCAUGUGUUCUAUGAUGGGUAUACAGCAAAAUAAUGCAUUUAUGAUUGAUGAAAAUGAUUGUGAGCAGGCCAAUGCAAUGAAUAGUUUUAAUCAAAGGCCUAGAAACGACCCGUAUUCUAAUUCUUACAAUCCGGGUUGGAAAAAUCACCCUAAUUUUUCUUGGAGUAAUAAUCAAAAUAAUUUUCAACCAGUUGCUCCUCAACCUAAAAAAUCGUCUUGGGAGGAUUCUUUGAAUACUUUUAUACAGACCUGCAAUAGACAGCAAGAAGCGAACGAUCAACGCUUCCAACAGACAGAGGCAUCACUUGCUAAAACUGAGGCUUCACUUGCCAGAAAUGAAGCAUCUAUGAGAAAAUUGGAAGUCCAAGUGGGACAAAUCGCCGAAGCUCUACAAGGCCAUGUGCCAGGUAAGUUGCCUAGUCAACCUGAAGAAGCUAAGAUUAUGACUGUUCUAAGAAGUGGUAAAGUUAUUGAAAAUAAUGUGAAAGGAAAUACCACUUGUAAACAAUCUGAAAUAGUUGAAAAUUUGAAUGUUGAUAAUGAAGUCAAUAAGGAUGAACCCAAAUUGCAUAAAUCUAAUGAUCCUUAUGUGCCCCCUAAACCGUAUGUUCCUCCCGUUCCAUUUCCUGGUAGAUUGAAAAAUUCAAAAUUUGAUAGAUCAUUUGCUGAGAUUUAUGACUUGUUGUCAAAAGUGAAUGUGAAUUUGCCUUUGUUAGACAUGAUUAAAAAUAUGCCUGCCUAUGCUAAGUUUUUAAAAGAGUUGAACACUAGAAAGCGUAGGUAUGAACAUAAUGAAAAAGUCUUUAUGUCUAAAACUGUAAGUGCUGUUUUGCAAACUGACUUGCCCCCAAAAUUAGAAGACCCCGGUAGUUUCAUAAUAACUAUUACAGUGGGGAAUUCUAAGAAAGAAAAGGCAAUGCUUGAUUUAGGGGCAAGCAUUAACUUGAUGCCAUAUUCUGUCUGCUUGCAGUUGGGUCUGGAUAGAUUAAAACCUACUACAAUGUCCCUAGAGCUUGCUGAUCGCUCUGUUAGAUAUCCUAGGGGCAUUGUAGAAGAUGUUUUGGUCCAAGUUGAUAAACUAAUAAUUCCUGCCGACUUUGUUGUUUUAGACAUAAAUAAAAAGUGCAAUCAUGCACAUGACAUGCCUAUUUUGCUUGGCCGACCUUUCAUGGCCACAGCAAAAACAAUGAUUGAUGUCCAAAAUGGAAAGUUAACCAUGACUGUCCUAGAUGAAACUGUCGAAACUGAUGAAGAGGAACCUAAUCAAAGCCCAAUAAAAGAGGGGGGUGUUGAAGGAUGUUCACUCGCAGACUGUCUGGAGCAAAUAAAAGAAAAACACCAUCCCUCAGUUGAAGCUGACGUUCCGCCCAAGCUGGAAUUAAAACCGCUUCCUAGUUCUUUAAAAUAUGCUUUCUUAGGUCCAAAUAAUACUUAUCCUGUAAUAAUUGCCUCUAACCUUUCACAGGAACAAGAAACAAAAUUGCUUGAUGUAUUAAAAAAAUGUAAAAGUGCAAUUGGUUGGACAGUAGGAGAUAUUAAAGGAAUAAGUCCAACGGUUUGUAUGCAUCGGAUCUUACUUGAAGAAGGAGCAACCCCUGUCCGUCAACCUCAGCGUAGGCUAAAUCCGAAUAUGAAGGAGUCCAGUUCAUGUAGUGCCAAAAAAUCUGGAAUUACUGUUGUUACUAAUGAAAAAAAUGAGUUAAUCCCAACUAGAACAGUAACUGGGUGGCGUAUGUGCAUAGAUUACAGAAAAUUGAAUGCUGCCACUAAAAAAGAUCAUUUUCCUAUGCCCUUUAUUGACCAAAUGUUAGAAAGAUUAGCUGGGCAUGCUUAUUACUGUUUUUUAGAUGGCUUUCAAGGUUAUUUUCAAAUUCCUAUUGCACCUGAAGAUCAAGAAAAGACGACAUUUACAUGCCCGUUUGGCACAUUUGCUUAUCGCAGGAUGUCAUUUGGGUUAUGUAAUGCACCUGCGACUUUUCAAAGGUGUAUGAUGUCGAUAUUUUCUGAUAUGAUUGAAAGAUAUGUUGAAGUGUUUAUGGAUGAUUUUUCUCUAUUUGGUGACUCUUUUGAUGACUGUCUUUCUCAUUUAUCUUCUGUUCUUGAAAGAUGUGUUAAAAUGAACUUAACCUUGAGUUGGGAGAAAAGUAAUUUCAUGGUUAAUGAAGGCAUUGUUUUGGGCCAUAUCAUUUCUGACAGGGGCAUAGAGGUUGACAGGGCUAAAAUUGACGUUAUUUCCAAAUUACCUCCCCCUACCUCCGUAAAAGAAGUGCGAAGUUUUCUUGGACAUGCAGGUUUUUACAGGCGCUUCAUAAAAGACUUUUCCAAAAUUUGUAGGCCUAUGUGUAACCUGUUAGCUAAAGAUGUUGUUUUCAAGUUUAAUGAUGAAUGUUUGUCUGCUUUCAACUUUUUGAAAGAAAAAUUAACUUCUGCUCCCAUUCUCGCUGCACCUAACUGGGAGCAUCCUUUUGAAAUAAUGUGCGAUGCAUCUGAUUAUGCCAUAGGUGCUGUUUUAGGACAGAAAAUUAAUAAACUGCCUUAUGUGAUUCAUUAUGCCAGUAAAACUUUGGAUAAUGCUCAGGUUAACUAUACAACCACUGAAAAGGAGUUGUUAGCUAUAGUCUUUGCAUUAGAAAAAUUUCGCUCUUACUUGAUUGGUUCUAAAGUGAUUGUUUAUUCUGAUCAUUCUGCUUUAAAAUUUUUGUUGGCUAAAAAAGAUGCUAAACCUAGACUCAUAAGAUGGAUUUUGUUGCUGCAAGAAUUUGAUUUGACUAUAAGGGACAAGAAAGGGUGCGAGAAUGUGGUAGCUGACCAUUUGUCUCGUUUACCUGAUGCUGCUAAUAAUUCUCCUAAUUCUGAUAUUCCUAUAAAUGACAGGUUCCCUGAUGAACAGUUACUUUCGUUACAGAAUAAAGAACCUUGGUAUGCAGACAUUGUGAAUUAUUUAGUCUCGGGUCAAUUUCACCCAGACUUAAAUUCGCAAGGAAAAAAGCAUUUUCUUUCUAAAAUAAAACAUUUCUUUUGGGAUGAACCUUAUUUGUUUAAAAUCUGUCCUGAUCAAAUAAUUAGAAGGUGCAUACCUGAGUUUGAGAAGUGUGAUAGAUGCCAGAGGACAGGUAAUAUAAGUAAGUGCCAUGAAAUGCCCCUUUCAAAUAUUUUGGUUGUUGAUUUGUUUGAUGUUUGGGGAAUUGAUUUCAUGGGGCCUUUUCCCACUUCCUUUGGUUAUAAGUACAUUCUUGUGGCUGUUGAUUAUGUGUCGAAAUGGGUUGAAGCUGUGGCUACCAGAACAAAUGACAGUAAAGUUGUUUUGCAAUUUUUGAAAGAUAUUUUUGCCAGGUUUGGGACACCCAGAGCUAUCAUUAGCGAUGAAGGUACCCACUUCUGUAAUAAACUUUUUGCAGGUCUUUUGAAAAAAUAUGGCAUUACUCACAAGGUGGCUACUCCGUACCAUCCACAAACCUCUGGCCAAGUUGAGGUGAGUAAUAGGCAGAUUAAAGGAAUCUUGGAAAAGACAAUGAAUCCUUCUCAGAAAGAUUGGGCUAUCAAGUUGAAUGAUGCAUUGUGGGCUUACCGGACAGCCUACAAAACCCCGAUUGGUAUGAGCCCGUAUAGGUUAGUAUUUGGCAAGGCUUGUCAUUUGCCGGUGGAGUUAGAACAUAGAGCCUAUUGGGCUAUUAAAUUCUUGAAUUUUGAUUUGCAGAGAGCUGGUGAGGUAAGAAAAUUGAUUUUGAAUGAAUUGGAUGAAAUAAGAAAUGAGGCUUAUGAAAACUCAAAAAUUUAUAAAGAAAGAACCAAAGCCUAUCAUGAUAAGUCUAUUUUGAGGAAAAAUUUUGAACCUGGAAUGAAAGUUUUGUUAUUUAACUCUCGUUUGAGAUUGUUUCCAGGUAAGUUAAAAUCUAGAUGGGCAGGACCUUUUGUGGUACGCGAAGUGUUUUCUCACGGUGCAUGUGAGAUCGAAAAUCCAAAAACAGGUGAAAAAUUUAAGGUAAAUGGGCAAAGACUUAAGCAGUACUUCGAGGGGGAACCAUCAACCCAUAUUGUUGAACAGGUAGAGUUGCAAGAUUAUGAAUGUCCGUGUCGUCACUGA